UUAUGGCAUAUCGUUCAAGCGAAGUAAGAGCAGUGCUUUAUUCCUGUUGUUUCAGUUGCCUGUAAAGGAUGCCUUCUGCCGCGAGUGUUAAAGUAGAGAAACCACCAACUACCAACAUUUCAGCUAACAAUGCUGUGGCUGCUACUAAAGAAGCGGUUGCACAAAGCGAAAAUGUUGAUAAUAGUUCUCCCGUACGACAAAUCUCACUAAUAAUCGAGCACAAAAUUCGAAAUUUGGAAAAACGCAAGAGCAAACUUGAGUCUUACCGGGACUUGGAGAAAACCGGCAAAGAUUUGAGCACUGACAAAAAAAUCGCAAUUUUGAAGUACGAUGAGGUGGCGAUGACACUGGAGUUUGCCCGUGAAUUUUCCAAGCAAAUCGAUAAAGUUGUCGUCUCAUCGGAAAAGGAUCUAAAGAAGAAGCAGAAAAAGGAUGAAUCACUUAAAAAACAAAAUGAAACAUCGAAAGUCCGCGAAGUAUUAAUUAUUCAAGACAUUUUAAAUGUACUGAAGGAUGAAUCAGUACGCAAUGAAUUUUUGGCUGGAACGAAUGGUGCCUGUAAGAUCGAACAAGAUGAAUUCGAUCUAUUGGACUCAUUUGCCGCUAAGAUUCUACCGAAACGUUCAACCGAAUCGGGUAGCGUCUCAUUUAAAAAUUCUUGCCAAAAAGCUGCCGACAUUCUAUCGCUCACCGUUGAUGGCAAGCAAAAGGAGUUUGAAGCAUCGACAACCUAUGCAAACAUCAAAACCCUUUUGAAAAACAUCCAAAAGUCGGCGUACUUUGAGAAACUCAACCAACCCCAACAACAAGCUGAAAACCGAAUUGAAUUGCAAGAAAAUGCUUCCGAAGAAAUAAGUGACGUCAAAUCUGACGAUGAUGCUAAGACCGUAAUUACGCCAGAGGAGAUCGUUGUAGAGGAAACGACUGUUAAUGUUGAGGCUGGAAAGGUGAACAACCAAGGCGAAAGUGGAACGAUCGACUAUCAAGAAGCUCCAUCUGCGUCCGCUGUGCCUGUACCAACAUUCACACCUCAACAACCACAUGUCGUCGCCGCACCCGGAAUAAAUACGCAACAAAAUCUCAAACCACUUCCGCAAGUUCCCGUGGCAGCCGGUGGUUCGAUUCCAUUGUCGCAGGUUCCACCAAAUCAUCAAAUCCAUACUGGGCAAUUGCCGAGCGUACGGGCUGUUGAGAGUGCAUACUUUAAACAACACCAGUACAUACAACCAAUGGCUCGUCCACUAGCUGAAGUUUUGGGCACAGGAAAUUUCUUUUUCCUUCAGGAUUCGGAGUUAGAUUCUCCGGAUGUACCAAAUAACAUUUCGGCUCAUCAAAAUUCGGAACGACCACCUAUAUGUCAAAUUGGACAACAACCUCAACAACAACCGUUAGAUCCGCUUCCGCAAUCGAAUCUGAACCCAAACAACCAACUGCCGCUGCAGCGACCUGAGGUACCAACAACUCAAAUCAAUCCAAUGCACAAUCAACCAUCGCAGGCACAUCAAAAUCAGCAGGUAAACGCAACUUAUUGGAAAUCGCCUGGGGUGAGCGGUAUUGAUACUAAAUCGGUGGGCGCUUCAGCCGUUGACGCAAAAUCUACUGGAGUCACUGCUACAUUUAACAAUCAGUCAUUUCCAUUGAUCCACAAUCCACAGUCUUCUUCGUUCCCAAAUGUUGUGCCACCACCAAAUCCACAACAAGUAAAUACCGAUCAUCAUCCAUUGUCUUUGCAUCAGCAACAACAACCCCACAUACCCGGAUUUGCAACCCCAAACGCUCCGAUCCCAAUACCAGCUCAAAUUCCCACGUUGAAUCAGUCGGUACCGCAGCAAACCACAUCGCCAAAUGCAAAUCAAAUGCUUGUGCAACAGUCUCAGCAAUUUGCAUCAGCAUCGAAAUUUGUGAAUCAAACAAACCUUGCAACCACUCAUCAAAACAUUACCGAAAAUAAUACACACGACUUACACGCUAACACUGCCGACAUCAAAGAAAACGAAUGGAAAGUUGAUGACAUUGCGCACGUUACAUCCAAACUGAAUAACACCUCAUUGGACCACUCUCACAAAACGGACCUGAAAACCACCAUCAGCAAUGGAAAUAGUGCUUGGCGUGAUUCAUAUACGACAAAUGCGAAUAAAAAUUCACAAGAGAGCAAUGAAUGGAAUAGUGUGGCGAAUGAAAAUGGUCAAGACGAUUCAAAUACAUGGCCAAGCGGUGGAAAUCAGAGAUAUCAAUAUCGUCAAGGCUCUGGCAAUUAUCGUUCAUCAGCAUCAAAAUCAUCAUUCUCAAAAAAUGCCCCAAACAAUUAUCGUGGUCGUUCAAAUGGUUCUUACAAUAAUGGUAACAAUUCGGGAAAUGGCGUUGGAAAUUCACGAACAAAUGGCAAUGGUAAUUCUUCAUCGUUUUAUCGAAACAACGACAACACUUUUUAUCAAAAUGGAUCGCGGGCCGAUAAAUCGUCGGAAAAUAAGAGUGGCGGCGGUGGUUCAGAUGUAAAGAAUUUCUCAGCUAACAGAUACCGCGGUAAUCCACAGCGGAAUAGCAACAAUGCAAAUAGCCAAAGUUCAAACAACAAAAAGAAUUUCAAUUUCAACGCUCGAGUGUAAUUCAAUGGAAAAACAACAAUACACCUAUCAAGUACACACAUACACCAGGCGAACUCAAUAA